AUGUCCAACGACCGUUCCUCCCCUAUCAACGUCCCUGAGCCCGAGUCUCGCCCUCGUCGAGCUUCCAUCGCCGAUCUCUUUUCAAAGCAGCCCGCGAGCAACUCGUCGAGACAACCCAGCCAACAGGCAAACCAACGACGCCUGUCCAUCACCACCCUCGGGCUAUCCGGUUCCCCCACCCAAACCUCAGCCUUUGGAAAUCAGCACUUCCGUCGAGGCAGCAUGUCUAGCUCCCUCGGCUCCGCCCCAACCGAAGACGCCGUCGCUGAUGACCCCGAGGGCUCCUCACCCGGUGCCACCCCCAGCUCACCCUGGGCCCGAAGAGUUUCCUUUGGUGCACAAGCCCUCCGUGAAGCCCGUGCCGGAAGCAUAAGCAACGGUAGAUACCCUCCCCGUUCUGGUUCUGGCUCUGGUCCUGCCUCUGCCUCUGUUUCUGGUGCCUCUGUUCCUUCGUCACUGGCAGGGGUGCGCCGCUCGCCUCCCUUGGGAAGCGCCAGCGGCCCCACCCCUGCCCAACCCCGAUCUUCCGCAAGUAUUCAAGCGUCUCCACUGGAAGAGAAAUCUAACCCGUCGCGCCGAGUAGGCGAAGGUUUCAACUGGUCGGAAGCCCUGCGUUCGCGGGCCGAGCGUGCCCCGUCCAUCGGCGGUCCCAUCUCGCCGCAGAAUCCCUCGGCGAAUCGUUCCCACAAUCACCAACGUGCCGCCUCCAUUGCCUCCAUGGAGCAACCUAUUCGGGAAAUUCCCAAGCAACCGAAGCAGAAUAAGCCCGAUUUCUUCCAGGAGAAGAUUCUACGUGGUGACUUUAUGGAUUAG